AUGCCUCCUAUCGGCACACUCUGGGGUGGCGGAUACCAGCGCCAGACCACCAUCAUCGAAUCCGUCGCCGCUAUUUCAGGCCUCGAGCUCACCGAACCCGAGAUCAAGUUCGGCGUGACAAACAAAACGCCGGAGUACCUCGCCAAGUUCCCUCUCGGCAAAGUCCCCGCCUUCGAGAGCGCCGACGGAAGCUGCAAGCUGACCGAGGGCCUCGCCAUCGCCAGCUACGUUGCCUCGUUGGCCCCCGAGACGGGGCUCCAGGGCAAAAACAAGGUGGAAACUGCCCAGAUCGAUCAAUGGAUGCACUUCGCCGAGAGCGAGCUCCAGACCUUCUCCGAUUUCUCGCUCUACCUGACCUGGGGCUACAUGCCCGGGUACACCAAAGAGCACAGAGCGCUCGACUACCUCGAGAAAUAUCUUGCUGACGGCCGCGUCUACCUGGUCGGCGAGCGCCUGACCAUCGCAGACAUCACCCUCGCCGCAAGCCUCAAGAGCGCCGUCAAAGUCACGCUGGGAGCCGCCGAGCGGGCCAAGUACCCCGACACGAUGGCGUACUUUGACAGAAUCCGAUCCAUCGAGACGAUCAAGGAAAAGUUCGGCCCAGUCGAGUUCGCAGAGGUUCCUGCUCAGUUCAAGGAUGCUGCGAAAUAG